AUGCACAACGUAUCAAGUCUUCCCGCCUUGCCCGUCGGUGCCGAUGUUCAGCUACCGAACUUCUCCAUCGAGGGAAACCGUGCUGGAUACUACAUCACUUUCACUAUCUUAAUCGCUACUCUGUGGUUGAUACUGCCAAAAAAGAAGGCUUCCCAGCUCGAAAUUCCCUUCUACAAGGCUUCCAAGACAAAAUGGAUAUUCGAUGCCGAGUCAUUGAUUAAAGAUAGUUACACAAAGUUUCGCGAUCGUGUAUACCAGAUCAAGGCUACAGAGGGAGUGCAGGUUAUGGUGCCUCCGCAUCUAGUGGGCGAACUCAAGGCACUGCCAGAAGAUAUCCUCAGUGCGACAGAAGCCGUGGCAGAUGCCCUUCAAAGCAAAUACACCAAGUUCUCGCCAGGCCAUAACGGCGAGCUGCUCGCUUUACUGGUCCGAACCAAACUGACACAGAACCUCACCCGAGUGUUGCCGCUCCUCAAGAUAGAGCUAGAACAUAUAUUGGCCACCGAGUUUCCAGCAUGUGACGAUUGGACGCCUGUAAAAUGGCAGCCCUUUAGUCUUCGAGCUAUUGCCCGACUAAGCGGCAGAGCUUUUGUUGGACCUUCUAUCAACCGAGACGAGAGGUGGAUGGACACCUCCAUCAACUUUGCCGUCCAUGUCUUUACUGCAUGCACUAAGCUUCAAUUCAUUCCAGAAUGGGCCCGACCUGUGGGUCAGCAUCUUGUCUCCGAGCUACGCCAGAUCCGUAAGGAUAUCAAGAUAGCCAAGGAAAUGCUGAAGCCUAUCCUGGAAGAGAGACUGCAAGAUAUGGAGAUAUCGAACGGAGAGGAUGCGCCCGACGACAUGAUCCAGUGGCUCAUGGAAGCAUUGCCAGAGGAAGAAAAGGCGGAUCUUACGACCCAGGCGGAGCUACAGCUGAUUAUCGCGGCAGCUUCUAUUCACACGACUAACAAUCUACUAUGCGAAUGCCUGUGUGACCUGGCCGCCUACCCCGAGGUUCAAGAAGAGCUACGUGAGGAGGCUUACCGCAUCCUCGAAGUAGAGAGGGGAUGGGAGAAGAAAGAAAACAUGGCCAAAUUGAAGAAAAUGGAUAGCUUCAUGAGGGAGGUUCAGCGCACAAGUGGAAAUAUCGUAUCAUUUAUCCGAAAGGUCAUGAAACCUAUUUCCCUCUCUGAUGGCACUCAACUACCCGCUGGCACCAAAGUUAUCGCUCCCCAAGCUGGCAUCGCUCUUGACGAGCGCUAUUUCCCUGAGCCAGAGCGAUUUGAUGCUUUCCGCUUCUACAAACUACGACAAGAGUCAGCUGAAGCCAACAACCGAUUCCAGUUCACGUCUCUUGGCGACACAUAUAUGAACUUCGGUGCGGGCAAACAUGCGUGCCCCGGGCGUUUCUUUGCUAGCAACGAGAUUAAGCUUGUGCUGGCACAUCUACUCAUAAACUAUGAUAUCCGUCUCAAGGCGGGCGAGGACAGACCAAAGGCUAUGUCGGUGGUUAUGGUUAAAGCCCCUUCGCCAAACACUGAGUUAGAGUUUCGACGAAGGUCAUUGGUAGCUUAG